AUGCUUUCCGCGCUUCGAACUGCCGGAGCGUUUGGCACUCGUCGCCUUGCUUCAACUCAGGCGAUCGCCAGUAAUAGCGAAGCACCGAAGGGUAUUGCCACAACAGGAACCCCAUUCCUGAAUCCUUCCUCGAAAGCCGAAUAUGCCUUGGCUCGUCUCGAUGACGUCAUGAAUUUAGCUCAAAGAGGCUCCAUUUGGCCACUGACAUUCGGUCUCGCGUGUUGCGCAGUUGAAAUGAUGCAUUUCGCUGCUCCAAGAUAUGAUAUGGAUCGAUACGGAGUCGUUUUCAGAGCAUCCCCCAGACAGGCCGAUUUGAUUUUUGUUGCUGGUACUGUGACAAACAAGAUGGCGCCGGCUCUUCGCCGCAUCUACGACCAGAUGCCUGAAGCCAAAUGGGUUAUUUCAAUGGGAUCGUGUGCAAAUGGAGGAGGGUAUUAUCAUUACGCAUAUUCGGUGCUUCGAGGAUGCGACCGCGUUAUUCCAGUCGACAUUUAUGUGCCUGGAUGUCCACCAACAGCUGAGGCCCUCCUUUACGGAGUUCUUCAAUUGCAAAAGAAGAUCAAGCGUAAGAGAGAGGCCCAACUUUGUACAUCUAUAUUUUUCUAUCUUUUGCCGAAGGUUGUACGGGGAUCAGUGAUGGAUCGGAGUCAAGUCGUAGAUGAUACACGUAAAAUGAUUGGAAGUGGAGGAAACACAUACCCGUUCCCAAUUAAUGGAUUAUCACACGAACAAAACCAAAAAUUAUGCACAGCAAUUUUUAAGAUGAAAGUGCACGAUCUCCAGCAACUUAUAAUGCACCUAGGUCUUCGUAAACGCACAGCAAAGUUCGACUUACAGAAAGUUCUUCUCGAGUCUUUAUAUGAUGAGAAACACGCUCGUAACUUAAACGCAAUGGUAAUGCAGUUACUUCAGUAUGGAUCUAACGGAGAGAUGAGACGGAAUCAACCGGCUCAACGGCAACAUCCAUACUCACGGAUCGGUGCCAGCAAUCAAAUGGUAAAUCAUCAUUUCCAACAACAACAACAACAUCAGAACAUGAUGCACCAUAUGAAUCAUCAGCACAUGCUACCAAAUCCGAUGACGGUGAGAUGGACUACAGCUGAAUUGCUCGAGGAGCAAUUGAAAGAGUCGAUGAAUCGCGCUGCAGCGCCACUUCAGCCAUCCGCAUUUUUUAAUAAUGGAAUGCAUACAAGUAAUCAGUUGCAGCAGGAAAUUCCAAAUAGGAUAGGAAAGGUGUUUGCUGAUCGAUUUGAGACCGUGAGUCUGCCAUUCUACGAUGUCAUCAAUACUCUUCUCGAACCUGUUGAAUUGCACGCAACCAACAGUAACAGCAAACAAUCCAAAUCGCUACACUUCACGUUUUCGAUGAAUGCUGAUGAAACAGCCAAAAUCGCAUAUCGAUCAGAAGCGACUCCAGUGCCGCGAUACGAAGUUCAAUUAAGAUUUUUCAAUAUCACCGAGCCAGGGACUCCUCAGAAAGACGACUUCCCGCUCAAUUGUCAUGCACGUGUCGACGAAUCUGUUGCUUCGCUCCCGAACAUAAUUCCGACAAAUAAGCCAAAUGUUGAGCCGAAACGUCCGUCUCGUCCUGUUAAUAUCACAUCUUGCUUGAGUCGCUUCAAACAAAGAGACCACACUCUUCAUGUUGAUUGGCUCUCGGAUAGACGGGUUUAUGCAGCCGGGAUUUACUUCGUGUAUCGUAUCAACUCUGAAAUGCUUUUUAACCGUCUUGUUGCAAACGUAUCUAGACACAGAUCAGCUGAAGUAACAAGAAAAGAAGUUAUAAAUAAACUUUCUGGAGGAGAAGAUGAUAUUGCAAUGGACCAACUAAAAAUCAGUCUGUUGGAUCCACUCUCCAAAAUUCGAGUGAGGACACCAGUUAGAUGCGAGGAUUGUACACAUUCCCAAUGCUUCGAUCUCUUAUCAUAUCUAAUGAUGAAUGAAAAGAAACCAACGUGGCAGUGUCCAGUGUGCUCCGGAUAUUGCCCGUAUGAAAGGCUGAUUAUUGAUGAUUAUUUCCUCGAAGUGCUGGCAAAGGUCGGCAGCAACAUCGUUGAAGUUGAACUGAAGCCGGAUGGCUCAUAUGACGUCAUUAAAGAAGAGGUCGAUGUGUGCCUUUCAGAUGAUGAUGAUGAUGAAGAAGAUAUCAAACCGAACGUCAAUGCUUCUUCAAUGAAUGGUAAUGGAGUUUCAGAGAAUGGAGGAAAGAAGAAAAAGGUGCCGGCUGACGACGAAAUCAUUACUCUUAGCGAUGAUGAAGAAGAUGAGGCUUUGAAAAGAGGUAUACAAAAUUCGUUGAACGACAACUUCACUGCAGAACGAACAGGACCAUCCGAAUCAUCUAAAAGGACACCAACCAAAACAGGAAACAAUUCUGAUAUCGAGAUUAUCACACUGGACGAUACUCCGCCUCGUCCUUCAGCUGCUUCGGCUCCGGUCCGCCAGCUGUCUCAACAGCAUGUAAACAAUAUGGCCUCAUCGUCCUCAUCAAGAUUGGAUUCUGUUCAGUCACCCAACAACGGCCCAGUUCCUCAGAAUCUUCAAACUGCUUUGUCGCAAAUUGGCUCCCAGUCGAUGCCGCAUUCGUCUCAACCCUCUCCAAUGAUGCAGCAACAACAGAUUCCCACAUCUCAUCAAAUGAACUAUGGACCACCCCCUUUCAUGAAUAUGGGUCAAGCUUCGGGUUCUCAGACUCCUACUUCGCAAUACGCUUAUUCGCCAAUGAUGCAACCACAAUAUCAAAUGCAAGCCGGGAUAAUCGGACGUAAUAACCAAAUGGCACCGAUGCAACAACAUCAUCAAGGGCCACAAGGAAUGAUGUCUCCGACGUUUUAUGCUCAACAACAAAUGCAAAACGGUAACAAUAUCGCACCACCACGGCAUCUCAACCGUUCAGAAGUUUCGAAUGGCUCUCAAUUUGCUCCGCCCUCUCGGUUUGGAGAUACUGGACCACCAGGAGUCACUGUUCGCUUCUACUUCCCACCAGGACAGUAUCCACCUCAACCACAAUACCGACAAAAUUGA